AUGUCGGUGUUCCCUGGUCUGUGUGGCGAUGUGGCGACAACGAACUACCGUGUCUUUUUGGGCACGUUGCCGAACCUCGCCGUUGAAGAGCGCUUUUUGCGUCAGCUGCAGCCAGUGUUUCCGUGGUACGCGUCACGCAAGCACGUGAAGGAGCAGGCCAGCGAAUUUCUUGAGAUCGACCUCGCUUCCUGUGACCCGGAGCUGCUGCUGCGCUACACCCAUGUCUACUACGUGAGACGGCAGCUGUACGACGAGCUGGUGGAUCGACAGCUAACACUGAUGGAGACUGGCAAGGCGGCCAAGGUGGCCGACAGUGCACUGCUCACGUGCCUUGCGGAGGUGAAUGCGACCAUCACGCCUCGCCUGCAAUACGAGCUGCACCUUCUGCAGCAGGCCAAGAAGGCGUGCCGGCUGCCGCAGCGUCGUGAGCUCAACCCUGACGCCGCUCUCGAGGCACAUGACUACCUGUGUAUGAUGCGUGUUGUGGAAGAGGACGUGGCUGGAGUACCGGAUGCGGAAAUGCAAGCACGCGCGUACCUGCCGCGCGAGGUGCUGGAGACAAAGGUAACGGAGCUGGCGGCCAUGGUCUUUGGCGACGGUAGCUCUGCUGCGAAGGGCACAUGUGCAGCGUUGGAGAGGAAAGAGCAGAAGUUGUUGCAGCGCAUGAUCCCGGCGGACUACAACAAGGUAGGCGCCGUGGAGAAGCUCCGUCCUGUCGACGUCACAGCCCUGUAUCGCUUCACCGGCGAGCGGGUGUGUGGGCGGCCAGCAUGCAAGCCGUUCGCGCGCGCGCUGUGGGGGCACGUCUUCCGGAAGGUGGGGUCACACCCCCUGUACCUGCAGCGUGCCUCCCUCUACUGGGCACGCCACAGCGGUCUUGACCCGCAGUCGGCCACCUCGACGAUGCCAGCCGACCUUGCCACGGCGGUGUGUGCCCAGCAAACGCUGUUUCCGGCCCUGAAGUACCGCUGCCAGUAUUUGUACACCUCCCCGGAUAUGGCGCGACAGCAGUGGCGCACAGGCCAUGUCGUGCCGCUGUUGCGCCUGUUUCCUCUCCUUGGGGCCCCUGCCGCCGAGGACCUCGCUGCCCAGUUGGUCGUCGAAGGCGAGUGGGCCAAGCUAGGCAUCGAGGCGGACACCAACCUGCUGCAGGGCACGGUGCUGCGGCAGCUGAAGGAUAUGGUUGAGCAGGUAAGCGCGUUGUAUGAGAGCGACGCCGGUGCGGUGCUGAAGCGUGUGGAGGAUGGGGCGAAGGUACUCUGCCCGUCUCUCUCAGAGCGGGAGUUGCUGAUCAUGCGUGGCGCACCCGAAGACACUAGCAGAGAGGUAUCCGCAGCUGCUGCUGCGGGAAAGGCGAACGCGGCACCAGCGUAA